UGAUACUGUGCCUGUGUGUGUGAGUGUGUGUGUGUAGUUUCUCGAUCUCUCUGGACUGAACUGUACGUGAACAUGACUGACGGGACUUUCUAACACACUCCUCAUGCUGAAUGUUCACACUACAGACGGAUGGAAUCAGCACCUCUGGCAAUAUCAUAAGGACAAGCAGACAGGACAACAUAUUUCACACAGUGGCAGAUUCCUCAGUGGCAGUGCCGGUGUCGUGCGCGGCCUUGUUUCCCAUGGACCUCAGGGUGGGAGAGCGGGGGCGCCCCGGUUCGGACACGGCGCUCCUCACCCCGCUGCACCCGCCUUUACUCACGCUCACCCCGUUCUCCCCUCAGCCUCGCACCUCUUUCUCCCAACAGCAACUGCACCAACACAUCCGGUUUAAUAUGGAGCAGAGGAGGCGAGAGCACAAGCACCACGAGGAACAACAGGAGUUGCAGCAGCUAAAGCACAAAGACAAAAGUCAACAGAGUGCAGUGGCCAGUUCCCUGGUGAAACAGAAACUCCAGGAGGUGAUUCUGAAGAAGCAGAAACAGGCAGCGCUGGAGAGUACAAACUCCAACACUCUGAGUGCAGCUCCUGUCGCGUACAGAAAGCUGGGCCCAGAUCCCAGUCUAUCCUCCCAGCCUCUGGUCUCACCACCAUCACAGCCUUCUCCUGACGGUUCAGAAGGGACGCCGCUACGCAGAGCAGCAUCUGAGCCCAACCUGAAGGUGAAACACAAGCUGAAGAAACACCUGCACACCCGCAAGAGCCCGCUCACCCGCAAAGAGAGCGCUCCAGCCACCGUCAAGCACAGAGUACCUGACACACUGGACUCGUCUCCCAGCAGCAGUAGCACUCCAGUCUCUGGCUGCAGUUCUCCGAAUGACAGUCUGCCUAAUGAGAAUGGGCUACUGCCAUCUGCAGGCGGCCUCUCGCAUGAGGCCCAGAGGCUGCUGCUUAAAGAUGGCACUAUCGCCAACUUCACCAUCCAGAGUCCCUCCACUCUGCCCACCAUCACACUUGGACUACCAGCCAACGCCAGGGCUGAAGGAGAGCUGUCCUCUUUGAAGGUCAGCCGGGUACCGGUAGUUACAGCCGGGGGCUCGUCAGUCUUCCUCCCCCUGAGCAGAGAGGAUCAGGCCGGGCAGCUGAAUCCACAUCUGCCUGUCAUCAUCCUGGAGCCCUCUGGACUUGUGCACACUCCGCUACUUACUGUUCCAGGCCUAGACCCUGUCCAGCUACAGUUUGCCCCCCAGUUAGACCACCUGACUCCUGGAGGUGCUCAUCCUCACAAGCCCCUGAGCAGAACACGCUCGGAGCCCCUCCCCCAGAGCCAGAGGGCCCUUCACACGCAUCUCCUCCAUCAACAGCACAACACACAAAUACUGGAGAGGCUCAAACAGCAAACUCACCUGGGCAAGCUGAUGUCCAAGUCCAGUGAGAAGCCCAGACUGCAUCAGAUCCCCUCUGAGGAUAUGGACUCAGAGGACGGUGGCGGGACGUCACCCACAGAGCCAGCCUAUCAGAGCAGAGUGAGGUCGGAGUCACUGAGGGAGACGGAGCCAACUGCAUCCAAGAGCCAGGAAGAGCAACUGAACCUGCAACAUGCACUCAUACUCAACCAGUCGUUGCUAUGGGAACAGCAGAAGCAACUGCAGCAGCUGCAUCGACAGAUGGAGACCCUGGCAGUGCCCAUGAUACGUGGCAGCGGUGUUGGUAGUGGGUUGGGGGUCCAUCGCCCCCUGUCACGCACACAGUCGUCCCCGGCCUCCACCUCUCUCACUCUGCCUGAGAAACCCCUGAGCCUGGCCACACAGGACACCAGCAGCAAACCACGCUUCACCACGGGCCUGGUGUAUGAUUCUCAGAUGCUGAAGCACCAGUGUACAUGUGGAGACAACAGCAGUCACCCAGAGCAUGCUGGGAGGAUACAGAGCAUCUGGUCCAGACUGCAGGAGAGAGGCCUGAGGGGACAGUGUGAGACGAUUCGUGGUCGUAAAGCCACUCUGGAGGAGUUGCAGUCGGUCCAUACAGAGCGCCACGUGUUGCUCUACGGCACCAACCCUCUCAACAGACUCAAACUGGAUAACCGCAAACUGGCCGGAAUCCUCUCUCAAAGGAUGUUUGUCAUGUUACCAUGUGGGGGUGUAGGGGUUGAUAAUGACACCAUCUGGAAUGAGUCUCACACCUCAACAGCAUCACGCAUGGCAGCGGGCAGCGUUGUUGAGCUGGCCUUCAGAGUAGCCAAAGGAGAGCUAAAGAACGGCUUUGCUGUGGUCAGGCCGCCCGGGCAUCACGCAGACCCCACCAAUCCAAUGGGUUUCUGCUACUUCAAUUCUGUGGCCAUCGCCGCAAAGCAGCUCCAACACAAGCUCAGCGUCAGCAAGAUCCUCAUAGUUGACUGGGAUGUUCACCAUGGUAACGGCACCCAGGAAGUGUUCUACAAUGACUCCAGCGUUCUCUACAUCUCACUUCAUCGCUAUGAUGAUGGAAACUUCUUCCCCGGCAGUGGGUCACCAGCUGAGGUUGGUUCUGGAGCAGGCGAGGGCUUCAAUGUGAACGUGGCAUGGACAGGAGGCCUGGACCCGCCAAUGGGAGAUGCAGAGUACCUCGCUGCAUUCAGGUCUGUGGUGAUGCCCAUCGCUCAGGAGUUCUCUCCGGACGUCGUUCUUGUGUCGGCUGGGUUUGACGCCGCUGAGGGCAACCCCGCUCCUCUGGGAGGGUACAAGGUCUCCGCCAAAUGUUUCAGCCUCCUGACUCGCCAGCUGAUGUCUCUAGCAGGGGGUCGCCUGGUUCUGUCCCUUGAGGGAGGUCACGACCUCACAGCUAUCUGUGACGCAUCUGAAGCCUGUGUCAGUGCGCUCCUGGACAUACAGGACCCACUGCCAGAAGAAGUCCUACUGCAAAAGCCGAACGCUAACGCAGUCCGCUCCCUGCAGACCGUCAUACAGAUACAAAGUCAGUACUGGCAGAGUGUAAAGGCUCACAGCGGAUCAGUGGGACUGUCCUACCUGGCUGCUCAGAGAAGAGACUGCGAGGAAACAGAUGCUGUUAAUGCUUUAGCCUCACUCUCUGUGGGAGUCCUUUCCAACAAAAGCCUCCCCGACGAGCCAAUGGAGCACGACAGCGACUCCAUGUAGUCCGACCAAUCACCUCACAGAACUCACCUUCAGGAUUUGUGCCCCACCCGUAGCCUCGGAUCUCCUGCGCUGUCACACGACCGUGAAGGAGGGGCGUGUUUUUAAUGCCACUGAGCCCCACCCAUCUGCCUUAUUCACACACAUGCACCAACACACAAUGCUGAACCUCUCCGGAGCUGCAGUAUGAGCACCUCAAUGCUGGUAACCACUCAGCUGAAGCCAGCAGCACUACCUGCAGCUGGGAAACCUUCUGAAACCUCACCAAAGAGCAAUACAAGAUUUUUUAAAAAAUACUUUUCAUGUCUCCUGACUGACAUUGGAUUUGUGUGUGUGUUCAGAGGUCCAGUGCCACAACUCUGUGACCACAAACCGUAAAGGAACUUGAAGCACUAUGUACCAGCAGCUGUUUUGUUGCCUUAACUUCGCCUUAACGUGAGGACCUACAGGUUUCAAAAGGAAGAGACUCUGGAUCCUUUCCUCUUCUGCCACUUUGCAGAUAGAAACUGUGACAUCAGGUGGAAGCAUAAAAACCUGAUGGAUGCAAAAAUAUCAAGAGUAAGAAGUGGCCACAUCAUAAUGAAAGAAUGGAAAAAAAGACACGGAGAUUGUCUGUUUUAAUGAUGUCAUUACAUGCAGCUUAACCACUAAAAAGAAGACAACAAAGAACUUGAGGGAAAGAGAGAAAAUGAAGACACACAAUGGACAUCUGGUUUUGUAGAAACAAAAGACAUGUCCUUGUUGUUUUAUUGCACUGUUCAUUCCAUAAUGUGAACCAUAAGAAAUUCCAAAGCUCUGGGAUUAAAAAAACAAAAAAACAAAACAAUAACUCCUCUGUAGGUUAUUUAAUAGUUUUUUUUUGAAGAUUUGGAUGAAAUUGUGUUUGCUCUAUUUUUGUCCCGCUCUUCAUCUGACAUGUCUUAGAAAGUCUCACUCUGGGGACACGCAUCGGCCGAAAUACUGUUGUAUUUCUUAUGAAGUAGGCGAAAAUGUUACGAGCAGGAUCAUUUUUCACUGCUGUUCAGUGUCUUAGAUGUACACACAUCCACAUAAACACACCUACACACACAUGUACAAAGCAAUGACAAACUGUUGAUGUACCACUAGUAUUGAAUACUGUAUAUUAUUGUUUAUAUUUGAGACUAAAGGAGCGGUCAUUCCACCCCGGCACCACUGAGGACCAUUUGUAUUGUUCUAUAGUAGCAAUAAUGUUAAUGCACUUAAUGGACAUCACCCAAAGAAAACUGCCUUAAGACAGCCUGUACUUGGCAACGGGACUGUGUGAAGCAACACAAGGGACCAGUAUGGACACUGCUCUUUCAGAGACUUUGCUUCUUAAAACACGGCAUUUGAACCUGUGGAUUUAACAUCACAUAUGCAGACUUUUGUAUACUGUUUAUUUUGAUGAUCAGCCUGGUUUGAAUGUUUUCUUCAUUGUCUUAAAAAUAGUUUUGGUGUUCCAGGCUUUAUCACAGUCUAAUUAAGGAAACAUUGUGUUUGGUUUGGAAGUGAACUUGAGUGUUUUUUUUUCUCUCCCAUAUAUGACACUCUUCUCUGCAACUGCGCUUAGCAGCAGCUCUUCUUUUCACGUUGCAAUCGACACAGGCGAAACACGUUGGUCCAUCAUCUACGCCGAUGUUUGAACGGGAGGACAAGUCGCUCAUUCCUUUGAAAUUUGCCCUGCUAAAGGGGUAUAUAAGGGGCUCUGUAUUUCAAACGUGAAAACAACAACAUCAUGUUUCUUAGUUUGGAUGUUUUUAUGAAGCAAAUAACAAAUCUAAUUGAAUCUUUUUUUUUAUGCGCUCUUAAGUUUGAGGAUUUUGCUGACCAAAGCUAUUGUCGUAAGAUUAGAGCUGCAGA